AUGGAACACCUCCCGGGACAUCUCGUCCCCAGGGGUAACUACAGCACAAACGAGACCUAUGUCUACGCGUACUCACGGGGUCUGACCGGAGUCAACGUCCCUCGAGAUGUUCUAUUCACGCGAAUAAUCCUUGUUUCUGCCAUCAGUGUUGCAUUUAUCCUUUUCUGCGGCCGGAUCGCACAGCUCAGCCACGCCUACCUCCGCCAUAUAUCCUCCCUAACAGCCAGCAGGCGAGAGCAAACAUUCUGGAGCAUCGAAGACUCACAGCUAUGGGCAAACAUCAAGAAACACCUGCUUUAUGCCCCAAUUGGCAGGAAGAGACAUAACCGCGAGAUUCAGCUUUCCUCUGCUAUCAACGUGGGCACCCUUCCGUCUAGAUUCCAGACGAUCCUGAUUGUGCUAUACGUCGCGAGCCAGGUUGCUUACUGCGCUCUGCUGGACUACGAUGAGAACGUCAAGGCCGCCCUUGUGGCAGAGCUCCGAGGUCGAUCGGGAACGCUGGCCGUUCUCAAUAUGGUACCUUUGUUCAUCCUUGCUGGUCGCAACAACCCGUUGAUUCCCUUGCUGCGCAUCAGCUUCGACACCUACAACCUCCUGCACCGCUGGCUAGGCCGUAUCGUCGUCAUCGAGAGCAUAGUACACACCGUCGCCUGGGCCGUCAACGCCGUGGACGAGACCGACGUCUCCGACAUGCUAGACCGCCUCUGCAACACGCCUUUCUUCGCCUGGGGCUUGGUAGGAACAGUCGCCAUGACCUUUCUCCUCCUGCACUCUCCCUCGCCAAUCAGACAUGCCUUUUAUGAGACAUUCCUUCACCUCCACCAGCUUGCAGCCUUGCUCGCCUUCCUCGGCGUCUACUUCCACAUUGACCUCGACAAUCUCCCUCAAAUGCCCUGGAUCACCGCUAUUGGCAUCUUCUGGCUCUUCGACCGCACAGCCCGCUUCUUCCGCCUCAUCUAUCUUAAUUAUUCCCUCAAACGCGGCUCAACCUCCUUGGUCGUCCAAGCCCUCCCAGGCGAGGCCUGCAAGGUCACCUUCCACCUCCCCAAACGCGUCCACGUUCCAGCGGGCUCCCACGUCUAUGCCUACAUCCCCGGCGUCUCCCUCUGGAUGUCGCACCCAUUCUCCGUCGCCUGGGUUGACCCCAGCUCCUGCGUCACAAACCAUGGUUAUAUCGACAACGACAGACCACCGAAAUACAGCUCUGAUCUCGAAAAGCAACUGCCCACCCCACCAUCAACCCACUACAACGACCUCCCGACCAACGACAGAAUUCAACUAACCUCCGUCUCUCUCAUCGUCGCCGCCCGCAAGGGCAUGACCCGCAAGCUUUACAACAAAGCCCUCUCCUCUCCGAACUCCACGUAUUUAACAACUGGCUUCAUUGAGGGCCCCUACGCCUCCCAUCCCUCCGACCCCGCAACAUAUGGCACAGCAGUCCUCUUUUCAGCCGGCGCUGGGAUAACCCACCACAUGCUCACUGUGCGCGAUCUGCUCAUCCGCGCCUCACAAGGCCGUGUCCCCACGCAGAAAAUCUACCUCAUCUGGUCUGUCCGCAGCACAGAGCAUCUGUCCUGGGUACGGGAGUGGAUGGACAGCAUCUUGCGUCUGCCCGGGCGCCGCGAGAUUCUGACGAUCCAGCUUUUUGUAUCGAAGCCAAAGUCAAAGAGAGAGAUUGUGAGUCCCAGUGCGACGGUGCAGAUGUUCCCCGGACGGUGUAGACCGGAUGUUGUUCUGGAUGAGGUAAUUCCGAACCGAGUGGGCGCGACGCUUGUCUCUGUUUGUGGGCCGGGCGCGUUUGCGGAUGAGGUUAGGGAUGCGGCGAGGAGGCGAAUUGGGAGGGGUGCUGUAGUCGACUUUGUGGAGGAGGCUUUUACUUGGUAA